AAGAGGGAAAAAUAGAAACUAAGGGGGAGAAAGGACAGAAACAGGAAGGGAGAAAACAGUUACGAGAGGAGAGUUAUCAUCUGUCACACCUCUGAGCUGAAGACAAAUCCAGGAGGAGGUGAAAACGUCAGCUUCGCUCUGGAAAAUCAAGAGGGACUCCUGUGGACUCAUUCAUAAUCACAUCCUUCUCAUCUGGAGUCUCACUUGGCUACCACAGCUCCAUCUUUCUACAACUCUCCCUGAAGAAGACUAUCUACACUGCAGUCCAGAUUGGAAUAUGCCCUGCUAUCCCUGCCAUCCCUGUCACCCCUGCCGCUGAUACAGGCAGUCUGCAUGAUCUCCCACUACCCUUUGGCUACCCUUCUGCCCUGGCCUCCAGGGUCCCAACACCACUGUCCCGACCUGGACUGCAGCCUGCUGCUGGAGGGGGAAGGAGGUGUUGCUCUGCAGAGGUAUCAACCUCGCUAUCCAGAGAGCACACCACACCACUGGAGCUCGGUGCAGGAUUGGGGGGAGGAAGUUGAGGAAGGAGCCAUCUACAAUGUGACACUGAAGAGGGUUCAGAUUCAGCAGGCGGCCAACAAGGGAGCAAGAUGGCUGGGGGCGGAGGGGGAUCGUCUGCCUCCUGGCCACACGGUGAGCCAAUUGGAGACCUGCAAAAUCCGAAGUAUCCGUGCUGGAACACUAGAGCGUCUGGUGGAGACGUUAUUGACGGCAUUUGGCGACAACGACCUCACCUACACCUCCAUCUUCCUGUCCACCUACAGAGCCUUCGCUAGCACACAGACUGUACUGCAGCUCCUGCUAGACAGGUAUGGAAGUGUGGAAGAAAAUGAACAAGACACCAAAAGAUGUCAAGGCUCUGAGACCAGUGGAGCCAUCAGAAAUGCCUUAGCCUCUAUCCUUCGUGCCUGGCUGGACCAAUGUCCUGAAGACUUCCAGGAGCCUCCUCACUACCCCUGUCUUCACAGGCUAAUGGGCUACCUGCGCAGGGCCCUGCCUGGCUCAGAGACUCUAAGACGGGCAGAGGGUCUGUUGGAGCAGCUGCAGAGCCAGGCUGGAGUGGAUGACAGUGAUGCUGGUUUCCAUGGCAACAGCUCUUUCUGCCUAGGGGAGGAAGAGGAAGUGGAGAUCGAGGUCCAGGAGGACUUCCUAUCGUUUGACGCCGACCUGGUGGCUGAGCAACUGACCUACAUGGAUGCACUGCUGUUUAAAAAAGUUGUACCCCACCACUGCCUGGGUUCUAUCUGGUCUCAGAGGGACAAGAAGCACAACAAGCACAGUGCCCCCACCAUUCGUGCCACCAUCACUCAGUUCAACGCUGUGGCGGCCUGCGUGGUCAGCACGGUGCUGAAACACAGACAGAUCAGACCGCAUGUCAGAGCGCGGGUCAUCCAGCGCUGGAUAGACAUCGCUCAGGAGUGUCGAAUACGCAAAAACUUCUCAUCUCUGCGAGCCAUUGUGUCUGCGCUGCAGUCCAACCCUCUGUACAGGCUGAAAAGAGCAUGGGCCUGUGUGCACAAAGACAGCAUGCAGACAUUUGAGGAGCUGUCGGACAUAUUCUCAGACCACAACAACUACCUGACCAGCAGAGAGCUACUCAUGAGGGAAGGUACUUCAAAGUUUGCCAGUCUGGAGAGCUGUGCCAAGGAGCACCAGAAGCGUACCCACAAGAGGCUACAGCUGCAGAAGGAAAUGGGUGCAAUGCAAGGAACAAUACCGUACUUGGGGACAUUUCUAACCGACCUGACCAUGCUGGAUACUGCCCUUCCUGACUUAGUAGAGAGUGGUCUGAUCAACUUUGAGAAGAGACGCAGGGAGUUUGAGGUGAUAGCCCAGAUCAAACUGCUCCAGUCGGCCUGUAACAGCUACUGUCUGACUGCGGAUCCGGCGUUCCUCCGCUGGUUUAAGAGCCAGUGUCAACUCAGUGAGGAGGAGAGCUACGCCUUGUCAUGUGAAAUUGAAGGUCUUGGUGACAGCAGUCCAACUUCACCCAAACCACGAAAAAGCAUGGUGAAGAGGCUCAGCCUGCUGUUUCUUGGAACAGACAGUAGUGCAGCCAGUUCUCCCGUCAGAGAGAUGCCGCGCUCGCCUCCUACUGGCAGCUCAGGGGAAAGUAUGGACUCUGUCAGUGUAUCUUCUAGUGACUCCAGCAGCCCCUCAGACAGUGAGGGACUCACCCCCACUCACACCCCCGACACCCAGCAAAACAAGCUAUCAGAGUCUUCCUCUUGUACUUCACUCCACUCCAUGGAUACCUGCUCAUCAACAGCCAGUGUUUCCAUGACACCUGCAUCUCCCUCCCUUCCCGGCCCCCCCUGCACUCACAGACGCUGCAUCUCCCUCACUCCCAUGUCCCCCAGCUCCCCGAGCCAAAGCCCAGCUUAUAACACCCAGGCCCAGGACGCAUGCAUCAUAAGAGUCAGUCUGGAGCAAGGCAACGGGAACCUCUACAAGAGCAUACUGUUGACCAGUCAAGACAAGACUCCAGUUGUAAUUUCUAGAGCCAUGGCGAAGCACAACCUAGAGGUGGAGCCGGAGGAGGGAUAUGAGCUGGUACAGGUCAUCUCUGAAGAAAGAGAGCUGGUGAUUCCUGACAACGCCAACGUCUUUUACGCCAUGAACACCUCAGCUAACUUUGACUUCCUCCUGCGGGUGCGAGGCUCCGCAGGUCGGCCAGUCCAGCUGCGUAGCCGGUGUAGCUCCACACUCCCCCGCACCCAACAACGCUCAAGCCUCUCGCUUAGACUCAGCAAGGUCACUCUGUGACCCCGGACUGCAGUGACCCAGCAGUUUGCCUAUACACCACUAACCCAGGACAAUACAGGGUGUUGGAUUUGACCUUAACUGUUGGGUUUUAGAUGGAGAGGAAGGAUGAAGACUCAAGACAGAACAGAUGGACCCCAAUGAGUUUUUCACUCUUAUCUUGCCAGUCGGGUCUCUUCUUGAACUGUGCCAGCCCCUCCUGUCUUUUUCAGCCCCUUGCCCAACCCUGAUAUGGAACAAAGAUGUGUAGCGUGACUGCUGUGCCAGUGGGACUUAAUCUUUGACUAGUAAUGGCUGUGACAGAGUGAAACAGCGACCCCAAGUGGCCUCCACUCUUUACAACCACAGGUUUUUGCACACAUAAUGGGAGCAGCCAAACUCCUGACCUCCAACAGUAUUCUGAUAUUAAAAUUAACUCUUUUUGUGUCCUGUGAUGUCUGUGUAGCUGAAUAUUUACUUUUCUGGUAACAGAAGAGUUCAAAAGUACAGAUAUAUGAUGGAAUCGAAGGAGAUAUGGACUGAGAGUCCAGUCAUGUUGCCUUUACUGAUGAAUGAAUGGAUCUCUGACAGUAUUCUGAAUGAUAUUGAUUGAUUGACAGGAGCUGUGAUGUCAUUAAUGUCCCUAGUCGGUCAUGUUUUCCUGCCAUGUCCGGCUCGUGCACAGUGUGCACAGUGUGCACAGUGUGUGUGUUCUGCCCCUCUCAUAUUGUGAGCUGUGUGACGAAUGCUGUGCUACAUGCAUUCUGAUUGGUUCCAUUACUUGGUUUUAACAAGUCCUCGGCAAAUAUUGAAAUGGCCUUACCUGCCCUAUCUUUAGGGUGUAGAGAUGCAAUUUGUGCUGCUUUCUAAUCCAGAAAGAUGUUUCAUCACAUCCUCAGACUUGUUUGGAGAAAAAAAAGAGAAGGGAUGUACAAGAACAGAGGAAUGGAGAUCUUUCUGAAAUGGAAAGCACCAUGCAAAGUGUCUCAAACUGCAUCAUACUUGUACCUCUUUGCCCUUCAUUAUAUGAACUACAGAGUUGCACUUGUCAGUUUGUAGGAGAUGCCAGUGGGAUGUGAAUACAGAAGAAUGAGCGAGCCACUCUGUUGGUGGUUUACUCCCUCUUCAGUAAUGAAAUACUAUUUUUGUUUGUAAUUGUUGCUUUUUUAUAUGUUUUUGUAACACAAUGCCAGAUUGGAGAGUGAUAGAAGAUUUUUAAGGUAAAUGUUGAAUGAAUUCAGAAGCCAGUGCCAGAUUUUACUGUGAUACAUUUAAUUUUAGUGACACUUCAGUUCAUUACACACACAAUCCAAACACCUCUUCACACACUGAAUUCCCAUCUGUUUGCCUCAUGGGUAUUCUUGUCAUCAUCAUAGUUUCACAACAACAUUGCCAACACUUAUCACCUGUCACGUAACAGUGACACACUUAACUGACCGAUUUGGUUUUCCUUCACUCCUGCAGAGGCUCUAAUGUUAGAGUUGUACCAUUGUGCCAUGAUCAAAUGUUAUUGCAACCAGUUAAAGUUCACUGUGUACCCAACCAAGAAAAUGUUACCUUUCCCUUGGGAAUACUGGUUCACUGGUGGGCUUGUGAUAAUGGCCCAGUUGGCCCAAUCAUUUGUCUCCAUGCAGCACUUCACUUUAAAGAUGUUAUGUCCUUAAAUCACCCUCAGUUCCUAUGUUCUUCACUGCCAAAGACUCUUCCUCUACCUGAAAGAAUAAAUAAAUUAUUAUCAUUAUUAUUA